UGGACAGGUCUGUGCAAAAGAAUCUGAUCUGGAUCACACAGAUUUUCCCUCCUGUUCAGCCUCAUCCCUUUUGCCAAGUCGAGCAUCUGAGCAAGAAUGAAGAAGGUGCUUCUCUGUGGGUUCUUCAUUCUGCUUUCUUCCACCCUGGCCCAUGGAAUCACCUGCUAUAGCUGCAAUGGGCCGUUUAAAGACAGAUGCCAAGACAAAGCAGAAAAGUGCAAGGAAGGCAUUAAUUUUUGUGUGACGGAAUCACUGUACUCAGAAGGUGGUCAAUUUCGGGGAGUCUAUGCUCGUUGUCCUAUAGGAAGUGACCAUUGGAGAUGUGGCACUACUCUCAGAUUUGUAACUGAAAUUCAAGUUCUAAAGUGUUGCAACAGUGACAGGUGCAAUGGGAAGCGUUCACCUUUUCCUCCACCUGAGUGUGCCAAGCCUGCUUUGGGGUGAUGAGGGAAAUCAGCCUGCCAUUCCUUCA